UGCACCAGCUGCCGUGUCGGCCACACUUCACCACAACCACCAUGUCGACACUUUCGCGCUCCGGUGCUGCGGCGCUCGCGCGCGCCUCGUUCGCGUCGACAUCACGCGCGGCUUCAGCGCGCCGGACAAUUGUGUCUAUCCCGGCGCCAGAACUCACAAACUCGGCGGGGACGACUGAGUUUGCCGUGCGCACCUUUGAGCGCAUGCCGAACAUGACCUAUGCGUUUGCGAUCGUGCGCGCCAUUGAGGCAAAGUACGGUGUGGUGCUCAACAUUGAUGUGGUCAAGGACGCGGACUCGCUGCGGCCCGCCAACCGCCUCUUCGUGACACUGCUCAAGCCCGUUGAGCUUCCUGAUGGCGACAACCGUUUUGAGAUCCCUGCGCCAAAGUACAACGCGGCGGACACGACUGGGGGCGUGUCGCUCGCGGACAUUGAGGCAGCGCUGCGCCCAGCGCCACCUGUCGAGGCGGCCGAGGGCGAGACGCAGCGCACGAUCAAGUUCUCGCUCGAGCCGCGCACACGCAAGGCCCGCGACUUCCGGUAUCUGCGGUACGCGAACCGGGUGUCGGCGCGUGAGCAGCGCGAAGACGACGAGAUUGUGCGCGCGCUCCAGGCCUUCUCUGGCGGGUUUUACAACGGGCUCGCGGGCGUCGCGGACAAGUUCAAGGGCCUUGUCCUCGAAACCACACCGGAUCUGAAGGAGCGUCGCGCGGCGCAGGAAGCCGAGGAGACGCUGCGCGCCGAGAUUGCGGCGCAAGAGGCGGAGAUUGCGCGCGAGCUCGCGGCGCAGAAGGCUGCGCGCGCGGCCGCCGCCAACGCCGCCGCCGCGCAGGCUGUGCAGGCCGAAUCUGAGGAGGGCGAGAGCGACGUCGCCCAGGAAGAGGUCGUGGACGACAAGACGAGCCGUCUCGAGAUGCUCAAGAACCGUGCGCUCGAGGCCGCACGCCGCAAGGUCGCGGCCGACGCCGAGGCGCGCCAGGCCGCCGUCGCGAGCAAGGCUGCGAGCGCCGCGGCAAAGGUCCAGGCCGCACGGGCCGAACCCGCCCUCGCCGCACAGGAGCGCAAGGCCGAGCCCGCGACAAAGUCCACGUGGAGGUGGUUCGAGAAGAAGUGAUAGACAUGCAUUGGACUCGUAGCUCA